CUACUCUUCAAAUCAUCGCAAAUUGGGCAAGAAUUCUGUAUCAAUCUCUGACGCACAUAGUAAAUAAAAGAGUCAGAGAUAAUAUGCGAUUGCAGGAUUUGACACAGAUGGAACUUGGUAAUGAUGUUUUUGUGUGUUGUGUGAUGUGGACUGAAAGAGUGUUGUGUUCCACAAAUACCGAUCAAUCAAACACAAUGAAACGACUUUCCUAACACCUUAACAAUGGCGCAGUCCGGUGACGGCAGAGGACCACCAAAUAUUAGCAGCAGAUUUGGAGUGCCGUUUGCAAUGUUUGGACAUAGACAGGCACAUCACGGUUUAUUAAUGACACAUUCCGUAACGCCACUGGGGGCCACAACAAGUACACCUCGACUUAUCCGAGAAAACUUGCGUUCUGUAUAUGCUGAGCUGACACGUACAGCUCAAGAAGGUGGCCUGUCAUCAUGGCUCCAUGGUCCUGGUGAUAAUGGUGAAGGAGUCAGUGCUAUUCAGCAAAGACCACAGCCAGUAGUACAAAAUGAUCCCACGAACUCAACAGAUAGUAUUGCAAUUUCCAUUGAUGUAGGUGCCCCAAAUGCAAGUCAUAUUGGCAGUGAACAGAACAUCCCAGAGACUGGUGGCCAUGUCCACACCCACAUAAAUAGUGGAAAUAAUAACAACAACAACAAUAAUAAUAAUAUUGAUGAAGGGCCUGCUGAAAUAUUGCGACAGAGUCCAGAAACAAGAGAGUUCCUAUCCAUUCUACAAAAAUACAUUCCAUUUGUCCUGAUACUCUGCGCAAAAGGAUUAUAUGAUCAUCGAGCAGGCAUUCUUAUAUUUCUGGCCUUAUCAAUAACGGCAUGCUAUAGCAACACAGUUCUAAGGAGAGAAAUUGGGAAACAAUCUCGCCGUAGCCUUGGCACUCUUGGUCUCGUUGUAACAAACUUACUUGUUUGUAUCCUUGGAUUGUAUUAUUUCUUUGAGGACCAAAAGCUCUAUCUCAGUUUGGUGUUCAUACCUCCCUACUCUCAGCCUCUGAGUAUGUGGGAUCUGCUUUGGAUAGUGGGUAUCACUGACUUUGUACUGAAGCUUGCAACAAUAAUAUUCAAAGUGUUAAUUGCAGCAUUGCCAGCAUUUGCAGUUCCAUAUCAGAGGAGAGGAAAAUAUUAUCUAUUUGUGGAAGCAACAUCACAACUUUACCGUUGUUUGGCACCUAUCCAGCCAUGGCUGUACUAUCUUCUGGAAUCUUAUCAGGGUCCAGAAAAAGUUGUAGGUGUCUUCCUGUCUGCUGCAUACAUGGUUUCAAAGGGCACAGACCUUAUGGUGAAAGUCCGCCUGUGGAGAGCUGCCUUCUGGAAGCUGUUGCAGAAUGUGAAUCUUGGUAUGAGCCCCAGCAAGGAACAACUACAGUCAGCAGGAGGGCAGUGUCCCAUCUGCCAUGAUAAUUACGCUGAGCCCGUUCUUCUCCAGUGCCGACAUAUCUUCUGUGAGGCUUGUGUUUCUACUUGGUUUGAUCGUGAGCAGACAUGUCCUCUGUGUCGUGCACGUGUUGUUGAUGAUCCUGCCUGGCGUGAUGGGUCCACUGCCCUAUUUGUCCAGUUGUACUGAAAAAUGUUGAAGAAAACACACACACACACACACACACACACACACACACACACACACACUUCAUUUUUAUCACUGUCUGUCAUUCUAAAGGAAUUUGUUAGCAUUUUAGCUAGAAUAUAUUUUCAACAUUUUACCCCAUCUUUGUUAUGCACAGCAUAUUUUUUACCAAAACAUAACUCAUUGUCGUAAACAGCGAAGGUAAAUAUGUUACUUGGAAAUUUUUGAGUUUUAUGUACCCAAAAGAAAUAUUUAUUAUGUUAAAAAUUAUUGUUGGUGUAAGAGACUUGUUUUAUAUCACCACAUAGCUAUCUAAAAAAAAGAAAGAAAGAAAGCUCUACUCAAUAGAGACUUGUUUUAUAUCACCACAUAGCUAUUAAAAAAAAAAAAAAAGAAAAAGAAAGAAAGAAA